UCUGAUUUUGUUAGAUGUCUUCACCGAGUUGAGACGAAAGAGAUGUCUUCCAACACCGCGAAAAACAAAGUGCAUAACUUCAAAGUGGUGUUGCUGGGUGAAGGCUGUGUCGGUAAAACUUCGGUCAUCAUUCGCUAUGUGGAGGAAAGGUUCGACGAGAAACACGUGUCGACGCUGCAAGCCGCGUUCAAGUCGAAAAGGUUGAACCUGAACGGAACACGCGUGAACCUGAGUCUUUGGGACACAGCUGGACAAGAGAGAUUCCACGCCUUGGGCCCCAUCUACUACAGAGAUGCAGACGGAGCCGUUUUGUUGUAUGACGUGACGGACGAGGACUCGUUCACGAGAGUCAAGAACUGGGUCAAGGAGCUCCGGACGAUGUUGGGUCACGACAUUUGCAUGUGCAUUGUCGGCAACAAGGUGGACCUGGAGAGGAGUCGAGUCGUCGCUGCUGAAGACGCUGAGCAGUACGCCAAGUCUGUCGGUGCAAAGCACUAUUUGACCAGUGCAAAGCUGAACAAGGGGAUCCAAGAGCUUUUCUCUGACCUCACGCAGUGGAUGGUGGAGAAAGCGAAAGAGAAAGAAGGUGUCAAGAGCACUUCUGCUUUUUCUGCCAACACAGUGCAGGUGUUGGAGAGUGAAGAAGAGCCUGCAGUUGGCACAACUUUUCCGUGUUGUGGUUGACUCUCUGGCGAGACGACGAACAUGGUUUUACACAUUUUAGCGUACAGUGAUGGGUUGUGUUGGCUCGUUGAAAUCGGGGCUCUUCAGCAUAUUCACGAAUGGGCACGAAGUGUGGUGCGGGACAAUCCCAUCGUUGUAUUGCAGGGAGAAUCAAAAACAUCGUGUCAGUUUAAGAGGUAAAUCCCAAGUAAUUUAAAAAAGGGAGAAAUUUUUUUCUAAAUGAGCUGUUUAUGCAUUAAUGGGAAGCGCUGUCAGAACUGGAAGAAUAAUUUUUGUGUAGGUACGAUAGCCAUACAUCAGAAUUUCUAAAAAAUAAUAAAAUCAGACAUACCAUAUUUACUUGAGUACAACCUACCUUGAAAUAAUAUGCUCAUGAAGAGUUUUCAGUCAAAAAUUUUUAUCUCCAAGUAAGACAUGCUCCUUGUUUUUAGUGACUCUAAAAAAAACAAAGAUUCAUUUCAAAUAUAAGAACACCCAAACUUGAAUUUAGUCAUGAUUUGAACCUGACUUCAACUAUAAUUUCCAUUAAAAUUAAUUUUUCUGUUGAACUUUGUCCCAAAAUUCUUAUUAAAAGCAAGUAUAAUGCACACCUGAACUGAACCUUUUUGAAAUAUUUCCACCUAUCUUAUGUCAUGCACCCCCCUUAUCUCCUCUUGGUUUGAGAUAAAGCGUGCAUGGUAAUUUUAUUCAAGGAAGUAAUUUUAUCCUGUUGAGCCUCAUUUUAAAUUUCUUUUGUGGCAAAAACGCGCUGCAGAAUGAUUCUAAGAUUUCUAAGGAUCUUACUCCAGGUCAAAGACACCAUCGCUUGCUAAUUACUCUGCCUGUCCCUGACGAAACUGUUGAUUAUAUUAUGUAUUUUAUUCCUUCACUCCAUCUUAGUUUAUUUUCCAAAAUUGUAAUAGCGAUGGAGCUCUUGAGAACUACACGAAUUUGAGGAACCCAUUGCGAUCCAACUGCUUGAAGGUAUUUUUCAAGCAGUUGGAAAAGCAGAAGAGGAGUCCACAGUGUCUAAACGCAGUAAUGUAGUAGCUGUCACUCAUCAACAAGUGAAAUGAGGUUAUCUUCUCUGACAUUAUGCUGUUAACCAAGUGCCAUAGUACCACCAGUUGUGAGCAUACUGAAGAACCGUGAUUUUUAUUAAAAUGCCUCUGGAUGGGCAUUCUUGCAAAGAAGAAACAAACAAAAAAAAACACGCGAGGAGCUGUAUGAUAAUCAAGGAAAAUUGAAACUGAAUUUUAUGUUUCUGUUUAAUUUUUGUAACGUGUUCAGCAUUGACCUUUCGAAAGCGUGUAUCGUGUCCCAAAAGAAAUGUUGGUGGGCUAUUUCUAAGAAUAUUUUAUGUGAACCCAGAGGUGCUUCGGAGUACGAUGAUCUCAGUAUUUUAACUCAUCUUUCGCAAAGUUCCUCGCGAGGUUGAAUGUCUUGUCCUUGAUUUGGCUAUGGGUUUUUGUUGUUGUUGUGGUUAUGGGACAUUUUGAUCAUGAAUGUGUUGUUUUCAGCCAGCUUUCUCCCAGAUAUUUUGAAAAGCAAUUUGAACAGCUACCAUAUCCUUUGGACAGCCAUUGAAUGGCUUUCAUUUUUGCAUUUCAAAUAAUUUCACCAAGUGGAAUCACUUGCGAAUCCUGAAAGCUAUUUUGAGAAUACGGCAAGCAGGUAUUGGACUGUGAUGCUGAACAUUGUGAUCCUUUUUUCCUGCCUUUUGAUAAAUUGUGAGUGAUCUUUUAAUUUCAUUUCGGUUUUCAAAAUUGAGGGAAUCCUUCAAUUUUUCUCGCAGUUCUAAUACUAUCUGCAUCUCCUUCUUUUAUGACUGUACUCUCCACCUUGCAACUUUUUUUUCAUUAUACUGUAUUGUAUUCUUCGCGUGCGUGAAUACCUUGUUGGAGAAAUGAAAUGUUUGAGGUGAGACUUC